UGAUGUUUAUCUCUUCCCUACAACGUUUACGAACACCGAAUCCACCGUCACCGUCCUACGAACUGAACGCCAAACACAACGCAGCGGCUCCAUAUGUCCGCGAGGCAGCUGAUUUCAUAGCCCUACGCUUGUUAUGGGUGCCUCUUUACCUUAUGAGUAUAGUUCAACAGAUUACGGGACAGUUUAAAAUUGUUAAUCUCAACACUGCUAAUCUUACCAACCCAUCUAACGGAACCGCCAGAGGUGUAAACUUUGUACAGAUUAAACCAAUCGUGAUAGCAACGGGUUCUGUACACACCGAACUGUCCACCAAGUCAAUGAACGAGUCGUCUAGAGCGCUGCAACAAGAGAAAUUGCCAGCCAUGAUGGUCGAAAACAGAUUCAUAAAGUUAUCCAUCGUCAACUCUACGACUAUUGGCAACAAAACACGUGAAAGAAAGAUUCAACAAGCGAUUACGAAUGCGCGCCAAAACGAACUACCAUCUGAAGUCUGGAGUAAAACUCAUCGGCCAUUGACAAAUACAAAAUUUGCUUCGGUUGUUGGUUACGCAAAGAAAAGUAAAAUACGCUCUGCGACGCAAACGGAACCGGAUCCACCGAAGACGUCCGCGCCCGAAUCUUCCAAGAUGCGGCGGAAUAAGUAUCGAAAUUUUAAAUCACGAUGCCGUUGCGAACGUAUAUGGAACUGUGUUAGGAUACAAAUAUCUGUGGCACGUUGUGCACCUGAUUUUUUUAUGUGCUGUUUUUGAAAAAAAAUCUCAUCGCAAAACGAAAUCAAUAAAUAGAUCUAUAACGAAAAUGUUGUUCAUUUGUCUACAUCUCAAAGUGGUAUUUUUUUAAAUUGUUUAUUUAUUUAUAUUUAAUUAUUACGAUAUUUAGCCGUAUUGUCAGCCUCAAAAUGCUGAAAUGUACAAUAAUCACAAGGCAUUUUCUCCUUGUACUUUGCCUUAUCCCGGGCAUAUUCGAUUAUUUUUUAAAUUGUUAACAGGAAAAAAACCUAUUUGUUUAUUUUUUAUUUUAUUAGUGCUUUAGAAGUAAUGCCUUCUAAAGAAGAAAUGACAUUGUGAAAUGGGCUACAGAAUAUCACAGGGAAAGGAUACCAGAGAUAUUCAUUUAACUAUUUACUAAAAAAAAAUAUCAUAAAGAUUGAAAAUGCAUGUUAUGCCAUGGAUGAACAUAGUAAUCUGUUCGGUAUCGGCAUCGAAAGGCGAUAGUUUGUAGCUGCCAUUUCUAGAUAAUAACAUAAUAGAUAACAAUAGAUAAUAACAACGUGCAUCCGAAGUAAUUUCUCACAACCAAAGCAUAUCGCACAUAACUACAUAUGUCAAGCAAUUAGAAUCCGGACGGCAGUUCAACAACUUCUAAGUAUCUACGUUUUACGUGUUACG